UAUUUCACAAUUCAUUAUUUAAUUAUGGCAUCCUUUACACUUCUCUCUUUGACUUGUAUUACUGUUCUAUGUGGCUUUACUCAAGCACAAUAUUUCGGCCGCACUUACUGCACUCAUCAACUACCACGUCCAGUGGAACCAGCCCCAUGUUACAAUUCUGGAGACGAUCUAAAUACGCUUUUAUUAUUUACCAAACUUUUGGAAAAUGACUGUAGUUGUGAGAGCACAUCAAGUAAAAAUAAUCAUAACGAUAUUAAUAAUACAGUGAUCAUCGAAAAGUUAAUCAAUGCGUUAGUGACUGUCGUAGCUCAGCAGAGAGGUAGUGAUGUGACUGGAGGGCACGGUGGGGCUGGAGGAUACACUGGGUCUGGAGGACACGGUGGGUCUGGAGGACACGGUGUGUCUGGAGGGCACGGUGGUUAUGGCGGACAUUGUGGUUCUGGAGAGCACAGUUGGCCUGGAGGAUAUAGCGGACCUGGAGGACAUAGCGGAUCUGGAGGACAUAGAGCACCUGGAGGACAUAGCGGACCUGGAGGACAUAGUGGACCUGGAGGGCAUCACUGGUCUGGUGGGCAUAGUGGAUCUGGAUCUGGAGAAUAUCCACCUUGGUUUGGAGGGCAUAGUGGGAAUAGCGAGCACGGUUGGCCGGGAGAAGACGGCAGUUUUGGAGGUCAUGGUGGAUUCAAAUGGCAUGGGGGUUCUGGCAGGCAUGGUUCGUCUGGAGAGAAUGAUGGUUCUGGAAGGAAUGGUGGAUCUGGUAGUACAGGUAGAAAAACUAAGGACGAAGGGCUUAUAGAUUUAAGUUUAUUAGACCACAAUGAUUUACUUAAACUAAUGUUAGCUGGUCAGGAUAUUUUGCGUUUGGGCGUAGGUCCUGAUAACAGUAAAGGUGGCCAAUCCGGGGGUGGCCUUGGAGGCAUAGUCGGAGGGCUUCUUAAUGGGGUUGGAGGGUCUGGUAGUAAAGAUAAGUCCGGUAGUGAUGGUUCUGGAAGAAAUGGUGGAUCUGGUAGUACAGGUAGCAAGACUAAGGACGAAGGGCUUAUAGAUUUAAGUUUAUUAGACCACAAUGAUUUACUCAAACUAAUGUUAGCUGGUCAGGAUAUUUUGCGUUUGGGCGUAGGUCCUGAUAACAGUAAAGGUAGUCAAUCCGGGGGUGGCCUUGGAGGCACAGUUGGUGGGCUUCUUAAUGGGGUUGGAGGGUCUGGUGGUAAAGAUAACUCCGGAAGUGAUGGUAGUUCAGGUAGUAAUUCGGGAGGUGCCCUUGGUGGUACAGUCAGUGGGCUUCUUGAUGGAGUCGAGGGCGUAGUAGAUUCUUUGCUGUAACUCAUAAAUAACAUAAUCGAUUGAAUUGAAUUGAAGCUCUGUGGUUAAUAAACAAAUACAGCGAUUCCUUACUCACCAAAAUAAGAUAUUAUAUAGUUUUCGAAGAUUAGGUUUGAAUAUAGCGCUGGUGCCCCUAAUGUUAUCAUAUUAUUUUAUCAUUUUGUAUAAAUGUAAAAAUUGUUUACAUAACUUCGAUUAUAUACAUAAACAUAAUUACUAUAAUAUACAAAUAAACAGGUUGCUUGCCUGCCUAUUUCUUCGUGUAUAUUAUAUUUUAACGAACAACCGACCAGAUUCUUUGGUGACUAGCUGACCCAACGAACUUCGUUCUGCCUAACUGCGCGCGGUACUGGACAAUACUUGGAUAUUGCACCAUUACUUUAUUUUUCUAAAAUAAAAGAAUUUUUCUAAAAUAAACGUAGCCUAAGUUACUCCUUAUUACAUCAGCUACCUGUCAAUAAAAGUCCCGUCAAAAUCGGUCUAGCCAUUUAAGAGAUUAGCCGGAACAAACGGACAGAGAGACAAAAAUUGUAAAAAAUGUUAUUUUGGUAUAUGUACCGUAUAUAUAUUCAUAUACAUGUAGUAAAAAACGGUUAUUUCAAUAUUACAAACAGACACUCCAAUUUUAUUUAUAUGUAUAGAUUUAAAUUAAAUCAUUUAAUAUACCUGUAGAGUAUAAAGUGUCUAUUAUUUAUAUGAAAUUUAAACCUGGAGUGAACAUUAUGUAGAGGGUCACAGUGAAAAUAAACAUGUUUAAGAGCUACAAUAUAUGUAUAUAAUAUAUACAAAUACAAAACAAGACAACAAGUUGAAGAGAAAAUAGUUUAAAAUUAAACAAAUAACGACUUUGAUCGUAAUGACUCUAGUAGCUGUUUUAAAAUAAUGUAUCUACUAGCUUUAACCCUCGACUUCAUCCGCGUUGUUUGAUCGUAAAAUGUCCCAAAUAAUAUAUGCAUAUGUACCAGAUUUCAUGACAAUUGCUCUCGAGGAAACAGGACAUUCAAUUGUUUUCAAAAGCACUCAGUGCGAUCUUAAAAAAUAAUAAAGUACAUAUGUAUAUCUGUCUAUCUAUCAAUACAAAAGUCCCGUGUCUUUGUUCACGCUAAUCUUCGAAAUCGUUCAACUGAAUUUUUUUAUGUAUUGGUAUUGUUUGCUUUUACUUAUUUUUAUAUUAUUUCGCAACCAGUUAAAGUGGCUCCCUAUCCGACUUCGACGUGAUAUGCACAUCCUUUCUUUCCUUUAUAACAUACUCAAUAACCCCAAUUCUCCAUCGUACCUCCGCUCCCGGUUUAAAUUAUUACCACCACCAGUCCGUCCUAAACGCUCCUGUCAACUGCAAUCCAGGAUGCUUGAACUUCCUGUGUGUAGGACACACUUUAUGGGCAACUCUUUCUCGUAUCGAGCUGUCCAGUUAUGGAACAAACUCCCUUCCCAAAUACAAGAGAGUCCCUCUAUUACCUCUUUCAAGAAGAGGUUAAAAUCACAUUUUCUUUCCCUUGAGUAAUAUAUUUUUUUUUUUUUUUUUUUGUAUUUUUCUAAUUGAACUCUCAAAUCUUAAAAUCAUUAAACGAAAUUUCUAAUGUAUGUAGUAUAUUAAUUUAUUUUAACAUAUACUAUAUAAGUAGGUAGGUAUUGUAU